CAAGUCUGACAUUCGUAUGAAGUAGUAACUAAAAUGUUACAUAUGGAUAUGUGUCUAUUUGUUACAAAUAAGUCCACAAGACAGCCGUUGUUCAAGGUGUCAGUUUUUCAUGGUGUAGUUGCAUCGGGGAUGCUCUCAAAGAUGUGGUACAACAGGUAUGCUCAACAGAGAAUGGUGUUCAAAAACAGGUAAGAUAAACAAAGUUCAUCGAAUUUACACUUUGUCUGAGACAUAUCCCUUCUGCUUAACUUUUUUUGAGGUCUCCAACUUUGGCAAUUCUGCUGUUGGCGUUAUUUGCCAGACGGAAGCAGUGGAGCUUGCAAACAUUCACUCUUCCCACCUUGCAAGGGCUAAUGGUAAAUCUACCGCAAAGAAUGAUGCGAGAAACUUACGGCUUCAACUUCGAAACAAACUUGCACUUCCUCUAGUUACUGAAAAGAAACUAGAAGGAGAGGGUGGUGCUCGCAUUUCCGUUGCGUUGAUCGAUGCGGAUACAGGGGAUGUCGUUACGUCAGGGCCAGAAGCCUCCAUCAAGUUGAACGUCGUUGUGCUUGAAGGUGACUUCAACAAAGACGAUGAGGAAAAUUGGGCUCCAGAAGAUUUUGAUAGCUACGUGGUUAAAGAACGAGAAGGAAAGGGGCCGCUUUUGAAAGGAAAGCUCCAAGUGAAGCUCAAGGCUGGUGUUGGGGAGCUGGGAGACUUGAUGUUUACUGACAAUUCCAGCUGGAAUCGAAGCAAAAGUUUCAGGAUAGGGCUCAAAGUGGCAUCGCGUGAUAGUAAGACUACACGAAUCCGAGAAGCAAAAACAGAUGCCUUUCCCGUUAGGGAACGUAGGACACAAGGUAUUUAUAAUAAUUUUUCAGUAUCGCAUUUUUAUGGUGAAAUCAUAAAACUUGUUAUAUUAAUAUAG